CAGCACGCUUGUUUGAUGCGGACGACAGAAACCGGGAACAUGCUUUACGCUCAUCCACUCGUAUCCGUGUAACGUUAUGGUUUGGGUUGUUCUUUUAGAUGAGCAGCUAAAUCUCCUCCGUCCGCACGACACCAUCUCUGAUCGGAGCUGUUUUACACUAUGUAAGACAUUGGCGAAGCGUGUUAUCAGUGGAUUGUGCUCUACAGUCACCGACAGCUUCGUCACAAUUGUCCAACCUAACUGGUCUGAAAACAGUCCGAAACUAACGACCUUUUCGGACAAUGUACCCACCCUGCAUUUGGCGAUUGAUCAACUGGAGGAGCCGAAUCCCCUAGUACAACAAAAGUUGAACGAUUUGGUUCUGUGGACCCUUACAGAGGUUUUCAGGUACUGGGGACCGUCAGCCACCAUCCAGAUCCUUUUAUUCACAGAUGGAGGCGCCUCGCCGUUCCUUCACCCGGCUCCGGAUGACAGCGUCGCAUCACAAUUGCCAUGGUUACCAAAGAUGGAUCAGUCUAAUGCAUCGCUCACUGUCAUAACUUUAAGUGACGAUCAGGUUUCACCUGACAUCCUUCGGACCUACCGCCAGUUCCUACCACGAUCAGGCAUUUUAUCGUGGAAGAAGUACCAACAAACAAACGGUGGCGCGCCGCUGACCGAGGAUGAUCUUGGUUCGUUCGCGGAUUACUGCGUACGAACGUGUUUAGUGAACCAUGGGUUCGGUCGGAAUUGCGAAGUAUCUCUCCGAUGUGGCCAUUUGAAUAGUUCUGUCCAGUUGGCACCUGUAUUGCGGAUAACAGACUAUGAGUCGUCAGAGUCACCCACUUCCCUUCGCCUGGAAAUAUUUGGGUUUCUACACACGAGUGAUUUGAGCAACCCUCCUGUUGUCAGCCGACAUCACGUGAGCAAUGUUUCCGAUGAGAACCGGACACCGUUUCUUCAGCUUCUAACGAGCGCAUUGCAAGAGACAAAAACGGUGGCUAUGUGUAGCAUCUAUGCAGGAGAAACCAAUUCCUCUGCUUCUGGAACAUGUACCAAAUCGACUCACGCUGAUGGUCGAAAUGACGCGGCAAAUCUGUUGCGCCAUGGGUUUGUGCAUCAGGUUGAUCCAAAAGCUUCUAUCCUCAUGCUUUCGGUGUUUCCAAAAGAUUGUAUUGGCUUACCCUGGCUUGGACAGUUCCAGCAUCUGGCCCCUGUGGAAGAUUUCGCCGGUGUGCAAUUGUACGAUGAUCGUGAGGGGAGCUCACCCUUUCCUGUUCUCGUCCCGGAUCGCCUGAGCUAUGGGACAUUGUCCGAUUCCAAUGUGGGGCAAAACCGUGCUGCACCUGCCGGGAGUGAACCGUUCCGUUACGUUUCUUGGGUCUCACCCACGUCUUUACUCAGCGAGGUGAACAAGGUACUCCGACUGGGACGUCGACUGCCAGAGAAAUCCGCUCUUUUCUUCAAGGAACUCGCCCGCCUUCGUUCGGCCGCUCUGGCCUACGGAUGCCCCGAAUUACUCGUACACGUCGCCCAUCUCACUGAGUCGGCGCAUGCUACGGAAAACCCGUUAGGUCAAGCUCAAUCGGAUGCCGUUCGGGUCCAUUUGGAUGCCAUGAAUCGAAUGCUAUCCGAAGCAGCUGCUCAGCUCGAUGAUUGAUAUUUGUACCGAACAGCAAAAAAAACUAUCUCAGCACGUCGUGUUGCAUUGUUUUCACUAUCAAUGGAGCCUUCGUUCUCAGCGGCUAUCUGUCAGAAGAGCGGUUUGUUGGAGUUCAUGCUGCAUCUGUCCGUUUUAACCUGUUGCACUCAAGCCGCGUUCAUUGCACGCUGAUUUCGCGACUGAAGGGCAUAAAGAUAGGAGUAUAGCGCUACAAACUGCACUGUUCUAUUGUAUGCACAGCGAGUCCGAAGUAUCCGAUCCUUGUUUUUCUUUAGAUUGUGAG